AUGGCGCCACAUCCGCGUCGAAACCAGCAACAUAUGUGCCCUAGGAGAUACGUGCGGUCGCUCUGCGACUAUCCGGGUCACUGUCGGUUACCAUAUCGCUCCUCCUACUUGACGAGUCAUGGUGCUCCUGAUUUCAGUCGAGCGAACCCACCGUCGGGUGAAUGGAGCAACUUGGUGACCAAGGCCGGUCAUCCGCCAUCGAUAGGGUUGAUGGUAGCCUUGGAUCGGCAUCCAUCUUUCCGGCGACGUGGUACUGAGUACAUCGUUCGAGCAAGCGACCGAAUCGUGCCAAUGGCAUUGAUUGAAAUCUCCGCACUUCGGUUCGCUUUCUGCCAAAAAAAAAAUGGUGGUCUCCAAUACACCCACCCUAGAAAAACAAUGAAAUACCUGCUCGUCAUUUCAAACGAACGGGCGAAGCAGCAUGCCAUACAUAUAUUCCGAUUUGCCAUCCGUUUAAAUAUAAGGGUUAAUAGCGAGGAACGACCUCGGUUUGAAAGAUGCGCGCUGCCUCCGUCUGGGUGCUCCCUUGCCGUGGGCCCCGGGCUUUCCACCAAACUCACCUAUACCUUCGCGUCCGGUUUGUCACCUCAUUCCGGUUGGAAGUUGUCCGUACACAGAGAAGCCUUUGAAGGCUUACUCGCCGUACCUACCUUGCUUCUUUCCCUUCUUUCCACCUGGAUAGUCAGUUCUGCCUUCGCUUUAUCGGUGGUAUCUUCCCUGCAUCCUCAAACUGCGUCAUCACCAUUUCACGACAUUAAGAGUCAAAUACCUCAAUCGAAGGUCGACCACGUCUUUCGUUCAGCCGCUUACAAGCUAAACUCUGGCAACACAACAUCGCUCACGUCGGCUGCCAAAAGUAUUGCUAUAUAA